GGGGGCGGGAGUUUAACGCGCGCGCCUCCCCCUCCGUCGCGCGCAACCUCCUCCUGCCUUCCUGCCCGCCCGCUUCCCUUUUUCUUCGUCAGUCGGGCGCGUCCCCGGCGCUCCUGGAGCCGCCUCCCCUUCUCCUCCGCCGCCUCGACAGUCGGUGGCCAAGCCGGGGAAGGAGCGGCCUGGCGGAAGGGACACGCCUUAGCCGCCCUCCGUCCCUCCCUCAGCCGGAGCCUCCGCCGCCGCCGUUGCCCCUCUUCGCCGCCCCCGCCGCCCCCAUGUCGGCCCCGCUGAAGAAGGGCCCCGGCGGGCUGAUCGGGCUCAUGAAGGACGCCUUCCAGCCGCACCACCACCACCUCGGCCCCCACCAGCCCGGCACCGUGGACAAGAAGAUGGUCGAGAAGUGCUGGAAGCUCAUGGACAAGGUUGUGCGUUUGUGUCAGAAUCCCAAGUUGGCACUAAAAAACAGUCCACCCUACAUUCUAGACCUGCUUCCUGACACUUAUCAGCAUCUGCGAACCAUCCUGUCACGCUAUGAGGGGAAGAUGGAUACUCUAGGAGAGAAUGAAUACUUCAGGGUGUUCAUGGAAAACCUGAUGAAAAAGACAAAACAGACCAUCAGCCUCUUUAAAGAAGGAAAAGAGAGAAUGUAUGAGGAGAAUUCCCAACCUAGGCGCAACCUUACAAAACUGUCCCUGAUCUUCAGCCAUAUGCUAGCAGAACUGAAAGGCAUUUUCCCAAGUGGACUCUUCCAGGGAGACACAUUCCGGAUCACAAAGGCAGAUGCAGCAGAGUUCUGGAGAAAAGCUUUUGGGGAAAAGACCAUUGUUCCAUGGAAGACCUUCCGUCAGGCCUUACAUGAAGUGCAUCCUAUAAGUUCAGGGCUAGAGGCAAUGGCACUGAAAUCUACUAUUGAUUUGACCUGCAAUGAUUACAUUUCAGUGUUUGAAUUUGAUAUCUUUACCCGCCUCUUUCAGCCAUGGUCAUCUUUGCUCAGGAACUGGAAUAGCCUUGCAGUGACUCACCCUGGUUACAUGGCAUUCCUGACGUAUGAUGAGGUCAAAGCACGGCUUCAGAAGUUCAUCCACAAACCCGGCAGUUACAUUUUCCGUCUGAGCUGCACGCGGCUUGGCCAGUGGGCCAUUGGUUAUGUCACUGCAGAUGGAAAUAUUCUCCAGACAAUCCCCCACAACAAACCCCUUUUUCAAGCACUGAUCGAUGGUUUCAGGGAAGGCUUUUACUUAUAUCCUGACGGACGGAAUCAGAAUCCUGACCUGACCGGUUUGUGUGAGCCCACACCCCAGGAUCACAUUAAAGUUACGCAGGAACAGUAUGAAUUGUACUGUGAGAUGGGCUCCACCUUUCAACUCUGUAAAAUUUGUGCAGAAAAUGACAAGGAUGUGAAGAUAGAACCCUGUGGCCACCUCAUGUGCACUUCCUGCCUCACUUCCUGGCAGGAAUCAGAAGGCCAGGGUUGUCCGUUCUGCCGAUGUGAAAUUAAAGGCACAGAGCCCAUUGUAGUGGACCCGUUUGAUCCCAGAGGAGGGGGAGGUCUCCUGCGGCAAGGGGCUGAGGGGGCUCCCUCCCCAAACUAUGAUGACGACGAUGAUGACAGGGCUGAUGAAUCACUCUUCCUGAUGAAGGAACUGGCUGGCGCAAAGGUAGAACGUCCUCCUUCUCCAUUUUCAAUGGCUCCUCAGGCAUCGCUCCCCCCAGUACCUCCCCGAUUAGACCUUCUGCAGCAACGAGUGUCCAAUCCACCAGGAGCUUCUAGUCCAGGGACCACCUGUAAGGCUGCACCCGGCUCCCUCCACAAGGACAAACCUUUGCCGAUCCCUCCGACGCAUCGAGAUCUCCCCCCUCCGCCACCUCCGGACAGGCCACAUUCCCUUGGGCCCGAGAGUCGGCCUCAGAGGCGGCCUCUGCCCUGCACUCCAGGAGAUUGUCCUACCAGGGACAAGUUACCCCCUGUGCCUUGUAACCGCCAGGGGGACCUCUGGUCGUUGCGGCCGAUUCCGAAAGCUCCAGCUGCAGCCCUAAGCCCCAACGAGCCUUGGGCAAGUCGGGAGUUGACGAACCGGCACUCGCUUCCAUUCUCGCUGCCUUCUCAGAUGGAUUCCAGAGCUGACACUCACAGGCUCGGGAGCACUCUCAGCCUGGACACCCCGGCAAAUCAACCUGGCGGGGUCCCAACUGGCUCAGACAGUGAACAUUCUAAAAUAAAACCUUCUUCUUCUGCCAACGCUAUCUACUCUCUUGCUGUAAGACCGUUGCUUGUGCCAAAGCUACCGCCUGGAGAGCACUCGGAGAAUGAUGAAGACACAGAGUACAUGUCACCCUCGUCCUUGCCUCUUGUGCCCCCUGGCUCUGCUGUACAAAAACCAGAGGCCAAAUUGCCCUUGGAAAUGAGUCAGAGCUCACGAAUGUUGGACUGUGACCAGGAAAUGGACGGGUGCACCUAUGAAGCAAUGUUCAACAUCCACUCCCAGGCAGCUCCUUCUGUCUCUGAGGCUACCAAUAUUCCUGAUGGAGGGGAUGUAGCCACUGCCAAUGCCAGCAACGGCCCCGAGGAGUCAGAGAACGAGGAAGAUGGUUAUGACGUGCCCAGGCCAGCCCUCCCAUUGACUCUGGCUCGCCGCACCCUCUCAGAUAUCUCCAAUGCAACCUCUGCCUUCAGCCGGACCUCUCUGGAUGGGGAAAUCUUAUCAGGUUUGUCUGAUGGCUCCCAGGUCCCAGAGCGGCCUCCGAAGCCCUUGCCCCGGAGGAUAAACUCUGAACGCAAAGCAGGCAGCUGCCUGCAAGCUGGUGGAGCAGGGCCGGCCCCUGCUCCCUCCCCGCAGCUCUCCAGCGAGAUCGAGAACCUCAUGAGCCAAGGCUACUCAUAUCAGGACAUCCAGAAAGCCCUCGUCAUUGCCCAUAACAAUAUCGACAUGGCCAAAAAUAUUCUGCGGGAGUUUGUCUCCGUCUCCUCCCCCGCUCACCUAGCCACAUAGCACACAUCCCCUUGGCCCUGCCUGGGACACCCCUGCGCAUCCAACCUGCCUGGGCAGUCUCCUGUCCAGCUUCUACCUAGAGGAGACAACGGGCUCCGCGAGAGACUUCCUGCGAAGGCAGGCUUGCCUCGACAGAGAGUAAUCGGUCAUCAGGGUUUCAUGCGAUUCCAGGUUUCCAAGCAAACGGAACGAAACGGAGCAGAUAGGUGCGUCCUCUCCAGUCUGUGUGUCUUUUGGAGUCCCUCCCCUCUUGGCCCCUCCCUCCCGCACGUCCUCGUUGGAGGGGGCGUUUGUGUCGCUUUGGAAAGACCUCUUGGUUCCUGUGCUGGUGGACAAGGGGACGGGAGCGGAAGGGCAUUUGCCGGGGUGUCUUGUGUCGUGCUGUGAAUUAAAAGGGGAUGCCAGUCUGUCGAAUGGCGUCUCCACCUUUCUUGUGGCGUGCCCUUCUGUGGUUCAGGGUACUGAAUCGGGGCCUCUUUGCUGCUGUAUGUUUUGGCUCAGGCUUUUUAGACCACCUGCUACCGGGUACAGAUUCUCGACUAAGGAAGUGGUUUUGGUAGCUUCCUUCUGCUACAACACCCUCCCUCUCUCACCCUACAACCUCCCCCAAAUGUUCUCCUUGUUCCCUUUCUACAUCUCCAGUCAUUUCUGGCUCCUCCUUGGUCUGAGUCAGGCUUCUCCUGUUGCCAGCAUUAACCUGACGCACACUGGAUUUUAAGGCAUUGGAGAUGCAAGACUUCUUGCCUGCGCUCGGGCUGGUGCGAUGAUUGGAUGUAGCUGUGCGCCCCCCAGCUCCAAGCAUUCUGUGCUGUCCUGCUUUUACGUAAUCGAGGCUGAUGAGGACUGGAGCAGCUGCCCUUUAACACACCCAGAGCUGCAGCUUGGUCAACGUGGCAUGCCAUCUUCGUAGCAUCUGCAAGUCCCGUGGCCAUGGAUCCAUUAUUUCCUUUCACUUCCUGUGGAUGAGAGUUAACUGUGCUGGAUUACUUAUGCAUUGAUGUGGGCAGCUGCAUCCAGCAUCUGUGGAAAUAAUUUUUGACCAGCUCAGCAGUCAAAAUGCAACAACUCCCUGCAGGGCUUUUGUGAAAGGGGGUGAUUCCCCACUCCCCGCCUCCUUUGCUCUGCUUGUUGCAUUUUUCUUUUUAAAGUUCAGGUUCUUUUGACAAGCAAGUCAAAAGAAACCGUAACGGGAGGGGAGGAAAAGAAGAGUGUGGCUUCUGAAUGUUGCCCUUGUUUGGGCAGGCUAAUGGAGGUUUAGAAAGAUGAAUUUGGACCUUGAUGGCCACCGUCUGGCUGAUGGACAGCAGGCAACCUGAAUUUAGAGGACGCCUUCCCUCUUCCAUCCUCUUCCUCAAGCCUUCACUACAGUCUCCCCAAUCACAGCAUUAGUCAUGUGAAAAUUUAUAUCUCAAAACAAGUUGCAUGUUUGGUUUUCCCUGCAGUUGCCCUGUUUAAAUAGGCCUGGUUCCUCUGCCCCAGAUAAGGAUACUAAGACUUUCUCCCCAGAAGGGGGGGCAUAGAAAGAGGCUGCUUAUCUUGUGUUUCUCUCUAAAUGGGCAGCCUUGCUUGUCCAUGAGCACUUGGAUCCCUGGGGAAUAACUGCAAAGGAUGUCAGAGAUGGCACCUGGUUGUGCAGGUGCCGUGAAUGCACCUAGCUGGCACUUUGUUAAUUGUCAGCAGUGCUGUUUGAAUGACACACUAUGAAGAUUUGAAGACUGGCAGGAGUUCGCUGUUGCCUGCAGUGGUCCAAAAGCAGAAUUGUUGACCUGGCAGCUGUGGCCCUUCUCUUGCUGCCCAGAGAAAGAGUUUUCAGUUGCCAACACCUCACAGAGGCUUCAGAAGCCCCCUGCAUACAUGGGACGGGCAGUGGCAAUGUCGGUCUGAUCUUGCUGCUUUCAUGUGAAACACUGUGAAGAUUAUUACCUAGGAGGUCUCGGCUAGAGUGCAUUUUGAAUAACUUGAUAGCAUUUAGGAGCAGGUGAGCAGAGGGCCUUUGCAACAACUGCAGAGUAGAGAGUUGUGGCCAGGCAGUUUAGGAACCAAGGGGGCUGUGCAAUUUCAGAGUGUGAAAUGUUGGAGCAACCACUGGACGCUCCUCUUGGAUAUUUCUUCCCACAUCCGGGCCACGAACUCCACAUCAGUUUUGGAGGCUAGUUUGGUGAGGACUAGCUCUUUGCAAAGCUGAUUUCCUAGUCCGCUGGAGAAGCUGUUGGCGUAGCACUGGAAACUCGGUUGCGGUCAGCCUUAAUCUCCACCUUUGUGCAAAGCGGCAGCACCAACUUGCCUUUGCAGAUGGGCCUCUGCAGAUGCUCUCCUCGCCCUGAGCAGGGCCAUCCUUGUUUCGGGAAGCCUUAUGCCUGACAGGAACACUCCACGUACUAUAGCUGACCGGACUUUACUGCAUGUCUCCUUUUUGUCCACUUCUUGUGUCUUACAUUUACAUGAGAACUUUUAAAGUGGCUCUUUCUCCUUGAACCACAUGAAUGUCUUUGUUUGCAAGCACAAGGGAGGCAGAGCGAAAAACGCUUCCCGGGGUGUGUUCCCUGCUGCUUUUAAAAUUUUUACCUUAUUAUGUCCCCCCCCCCCCCGUGUCUCUUAAUCUUUAAAAAAAAAAGAAAAAAAGGUUGACUUAUUUUACUUAAAGCCAAAUGUAUAGUGCCUUUUGAUGGGGGAAAUGCUCUAUCUCCAAUUUUGCAUCUGAAGAAGAGACAGAUUUAAAACUUGACCAGGGAAAUCCAUGGAGCUGCUCCUUGGAAGGAGAAAGCUGUCGCCCCAAAGCUAACAUAGUGGUGUGUUUGUUUUUGUCUCUGUGUGUGUGUUGUUCAGCCUGAGCAGGUUUUCUGUACCUUAGUCCUUAGUGUUGGGGAGUUGUUCGUAUUGCUGGCUGCCCUAAGCUUGGAUUGAAGGCAGUAAUAGCGCAACUCCGACGCAGGAUUUUGACACAACCAGUGUGGGUCACCCAAAAUAUCCCAGUUUGUCACCCCCCGUCCCCAUCCUUUUUCUUUUUAAAAACAAAUGAGGCUUAAGACUGGAAGCAAAAUACAGCUGCACCUCCAGGCACAUGUGCCAAGUUUCCUGUCAACUCUCUGUGUGGGGGGAUGGAGUGCAAUCUUCUGGGAUCGUCUGUUGAGGCUCCAGUCGAUUCCCCCACAUAGUUUUGCAAGGAGUUUCCUGUGGAUUUUGCCCUGAAGUAUUAAAUGUCCAGUGCCUGUUCAAUUUGCAGCGUCCGUUUUGCAAAUGCUGCCUCCCCCAUCUUAGAGCUGCAUAUGCAUUUGGGGUAUGGGUGUGCGGCUUUACGAAUGUCACUUCAAGUAGCCAAUUUCGGAGCAGUGCGACUUGCCAUCGGCAGCCCUGUUAGCUCACUGGUGUAGAACCGCUGCUCUCGUGACUAAAACUGCAAGGCGGGGGGGCUAGGAAAGCUGAAAUGCUUAAUGGAUAAAUUACCUUUGAGUGGGGGAGAGAGGUUAUUAGUAGCUUUAUUUCUCCUGAAGGUUGAGAACCAAUUUUAAUAUCAGUGUUAAAAAAUAAAUGAAUUCAGAUUUUCACUGACUAUUUUAAAAGUUAUAAUAAUGUCAUUAAUAUAAAAAAUAUAUUAGCAGUAUUUAAUCCUUUCAGACCUGUAAAGAAUAAGAACAGAAGGUAAAUAUUCUUACAGAGUAGCUGAGCUUUAAGGUUCAAGUCCUCAUUUUGUUCUGCAAAAUGCAUUGUUAAUGUUUUUAGAGGUUAUACUAAUGUUAUUUAUUUUUUAUUUUUCAUUCUUGUAAGCUGCCCACGAAAGAGCUUGUGGAGGAUUUAGGGUAUUUCAUGUGUGUCAGUAAAAUAAAAAAACAAAGUUUUAUUUUUAAAUAAAUUUCUUUGUUGUAGCAUA